AUGUGGGAGUCUUCCCAUCUUGGCGGUCCUAACAGCACUCUGUUCAAAGAAUUUGAAGAGAUGGAUCAGUGGAGGAACAAAGCAAUGGCGUACAAGACGAUGAACAUGCGGUCGCUGUACAAGGCUGUCUCGGAGAACUACACCAUUGUGAACCAUUGGGACGAGUUUUCCAAACUGGACAAGUGCGCAUUGAUGUUUUCGAAACUCGGCGAGACAACACCAGAUUGGCACACGCGGAUGAUCUAUGAUGAGUUCGAGUCCUAUGAGGCAACGAACGCGGUCCUGGAACUCACGAUGGAACUGCUCAGGUUGUACGAUUACUGUUUCUUGAAAGUUGACGACGACGGAGAGGCGGGCAGCCCGCCUCUCGAUAUCAUCGAGGUGUUUAAAGAGAUCCCAGAACAGGAGGACGGUGAAAUGCUUCCCGAGGUGUUUAAUCAAAGGAUGUUCCCCUUUUUCCACUGGAACGAUUCGAGACUGCUUUGGCCAAACGUGUACAACAUGUCCCGCGGGAUAGGCGCACACUUGAACGAGUCGCUUCUUCCACUGCCACAUAUCGGGAACAAGACAAUCAAGGAAUUCAACUCUAAUUUCUGGUCCAGUUGGACAAAAUACUCCUCUGGGAGGGGACUCAUCACCACGAUGAAGUCGGACGAUAUCGUCCUCUACGAGAAGCAGAUGCGUAUCCUUAAGGAGUUCGACAACAAACUGCCCCUACAGGUGAUCACCACUGGGUCAGAGAUGAGAGAUGAAUUUGUCAAGCAACUGCAGAUCAUUGCUGAGAUUCACAAUCAGGAAAUAUACCUCGUCGAUUUGUCCGAUAUCAUCGACAGAAGGUUUGUCAACGACAAGAUCGAUAGAUUCAAACACAAGUUUCUAUCUGUACUAUUCAACACUUUCGAGGAAGCCAUCUUCAUGGACGUCGACGCAGUACCCUUUGUUGAAACGACCGAGUUCUUCGAGAUACAGGCUUACAAGGACACGGGGAUGUACCUGUAUAGGGACAGGUCCCUCGACGAGGGCGGUGAGGGCAACUGCCGUCCCCUAAUGCGUCAACUCGAACCCUCAUUUGCGGAGUCUCGCCUGUUGAACAACCGUCUCAAGUUCGACCUCCUCUGGGCCAUCGAACAUAACGGGAUGUCCACAAAAUACAUGACCUCAGAGGAGGCAGUGUUUAAAAACAUGUACGUGUAUGGGAGACGCCACCACAUCGAAUCCGGUCUGAUGGUCAUUAACCGUAGGAAGCAGAUGGCAGGGCUCAUCGGCGCGAUGUUAUUUGGGCUGAGCAACAGUGGUAGCAAGUGCUCUUGGGGUGACAAGGAGUUUUUCUGGCUCGGGAACUUGUACGCCGGUAAGGACUAUGCUGUGAACCCAAUGGAGGGUGGGAUAGUCGGAUAUUUGAAGGAGGACCCAGGUAACAAUUUUAAGAAAACGAUCUGUGGUACGCAAUUGGCGCACGUAGACGAGUUCGACAGAUUGAUGUGGACCAACGGUGGUUUGAGGACUUGUAAGUUUAGAAACGACGCUGGGAAGGAUUUCAGCGAGAACAAGGACCAUUUCACCAGUCACUACAAGGACGUGAAAGAGUACCAGAAAAUCCAGGAUAGUCACAUCGACAUGCAAGGUGUAAUCAUCCCAGACAUGAAGAGGGACUCGUGGUCGCGGAAACCUGAGUGCAGAGGGUAUACACACUGUGCGUCUGCUGUGGACAACAGAGACCACCCGGACGAAAGUUACGGUACUUUGAUUGCCUUCGAUUGGGACAAGGUGUUUUCGUACAACGAGAUUGCCAAGAUUUGGGCCGAGGAUAUCGAAAUUAAGGACCCUGCGGUAAGAGCUGAAGAGGAAAGGAAAAAGAAGGAGGAAGAGGAAAAGAAGAAAGAAGAGGAAAAGAGGAAGAAGGAGGAAGAAGAGAAGAAGAAGAAAGAAGAGGAGGAAAGGAAGAGGAAACAGGAAGAGGAAAAGAAGAAGAAAGAAGAGGAAGAAAGGAAGAAGAAAGAGGAGGAGGAAAAGAGGAAAAAGAAGGAACAAGAGGAGCUGAAUAGGCAACGUGAGGAGAAGGAGAGGAAACAAGCUGAAGAGGAGAAAGAGAGGAAACAAGCUGAAGAGGAGAAGGAGAGGAAACAGGCGGAGGAAGACCGUAAGAAACUCGAAGGGGGAACCCUUAGUGGCGAAGACGCCCAAAAGAAGGAUGAGCAGACGGAAAAGCCAAAGAGUGGCGACGGGAACAACCAGUCGUAG